UUUACCUAUAUAGAGACAAAUAUAACUGUGACAAAAUAGAAGCCAACAUAUGUUGGCAUAGAGAAUGAACCCUCAGCCUAUAAAAAGGCAACAACCCCAAUUGUAGUUCAUCACAAAACACAAUUUCCAGCUGAUCCAUAAUAGUUUAAAGAAUCGAAAGUAACUAAUCGUUGACAAUAUCGAAAAAUGGAUUUCAAGAAAUCAAAUCCAUCAUCGUUCCUUGUAGUAGCAACACUAGUAACACUAGUUGCAGCGUCGGAAGCUGGUGGAGGAAUCUCAAUCUACUGGGGGCAAAACGGGAACGAGGGCUCACUAGCCGAAACUUGUUCCACUGGAAACUACCAAUAUGUCGUUUUAGCCUUCCUCUCAUCUUUCGGAAACGGUAAAAAACCGAUGUUAAACCUAGCCGGCCACUGCGAUCCCUACAGCAACGGCUGCACCGUUUUGAGCUCCGACAUAGAAUCAUGCCAAGAAAAAGGAAUCAAAAUCCUCCUUUCGAUCGGAGGAGGAGCUGGCGGCUACUCCCUUGCCUCGUCCGAGGACGCGAGGCAGCUCGCCACCUACCUUUGGAACAACUUCCUCGCCGGAAAAUCCCCAAAUCGCCCUUUAGGCGAAGCCGUACUAGACGGGAUCGACUUCGACAUCGAGGGAGGGACAGGCCAGCACUACGGCGAGCUGGCGUCGUAUCUGUCGUCCUACAGCAAGAGGGGUGACAAGAAGGUGUACUUAUCGGCCGCUCCUCAGUGCCCAUAUCCAGACGCUUGGAUUGGAGGUGCGUUGAAAACGGGGCUCUUUGACUACGUGUGGGUCCAGUUUUAUAACAAUCCGCCCUGUCAGUAUACAAGUGGAGAUGUCUCUGAUCUUGAAAAUUCAUGGAAGAUUUGGACAUCGUCUGUUCCUGCGACAAAGAUAUUCUUGGGUUUGCCUGCGGCGCCUAGUGCCGCCGGAAGUGGGUAUAUUCCGGCGAGUGAUUUGGUUUCGAAGGUGCUGCCGGCGAUUAAAGGGUCGGAGAAGUAUGGGGGUGUUAUGCUUUGGUCAAAAUACUAUGAUGAUGAGACUGGUUAUAGCUCUUCUAUCAAGAGCCAUGUGUAGUUUAGAUUGUUGCUGCGUUUAUGUUCAAUCUCGUUACGUGUGUGUGCGUGUGUGAGCGUAGUUUCUCUUUGUGUGUAUUGUACUGUGCUAUUAUCUUGAGAAUUAAGACAUUGUUGUUGUGUAAAUAUCUGGUUAAAUGGUUUCCUUACGGAUACUAAAUCCUGCCCAAGGACUGUUUCAAGAAUGUAAGAGACGAACCUAUAUCUGAAAGUCCUCAAACAAAACGACUCUAGAAUAACAGCAGAUCGAGUGAGAAACAGAGUGUCGUUACAGAUAUACACACGACAAUCAUAACUAUAUCUAGUCUGUAAAAAGCUCGAAAACAUGGUACCAUUUCAUCUAGAACAUUCACAUAGCAUCAUGUGAAGACAUAAACACUAAAGCAAGCAAUCAUCAAAGCUGUGUUUACCUUUUUCUCCAGGGCCCCAUAAACAUCAAUUUUGACACAGCUAUCUUCCACUAUUGAUGCCAAUUCUUUUGAGGUGGGCUCUAUUAGCUGUGACAGAACGAAAGGCUGUGACCGUAGAGCAUAUUCCUUGCAACGUUCGACCAAAAUCUGGAAAGCAAUGAUCAAAACCUAGCUGGCCAUAUAAUUUAAUCACAAACAAAAUCAUGUGAAGUUGAAGCAAAAAACAUUACAGAAAGCAUUCAAUUCAUGUGCGCUAUGUGUACGAAUUAUCGAGCUCCCUCGUUAACUAAAACAUUUGCUAAUCGGAAUGAAUGUGUUAUUAUUUCAAAACUUAAAUGUGCUGAAAACGAAAAUUUAGUAAACAUCAUUACCGAAAAAUUAAAUAAAACUGUUCAAAUCCCAGUGGGACAAAAUUACAUUAAGAAGAAGAAAAAAAAAAAGAACCUUAACAA